AUGACAGAAAAUCAAAAUCCACCACAAACACCAGAUUCAAAGCAACCCGAUCAGAUUGCUUCACCCAAUAAGGCCAGGAGACACAGUUCUAAGGAUAAAGUUGAUUUUACAACAGAAAUUAUCGAAUGGGAUCCUGAAAAACCAUUCCAUGGUAUAAUUUCAAGGAUUUCUGAGAUAUGUAUGGGUAACCCAUACGAAAAGGGUAUCAUUAAUAUCACAGCAUCAAGCACACUCGGAAAUCAUCCGUCACAAGUCAUAGAUUACAAAUGGAAUUCACAUUGGGUAUCCGACAAUCAGCCUGACCAAUGGAUAAAAUUCGAUUUCAAACAGAUUAAAUAUCAAAUUACUGGAUAUUCAUUAAAAACGUACAAUUACGUUGCAGACGGCAACCAUCUAAGAUCAUGGUCUUUGCAAGCAUCAGCAAAUGAUACAGAUUGGGUUGAUAUUGACCAUCAAGUUUCAAACAGCGAUCUAAAUGGAAGAUCAAAAAUCGCUUUCUUCAAAUGCAAGAUACCAUCUAACUUUAGAUUUUGCAGACUUAUCCAAACAGGCUACAGUUGGUGCGACAGCAAUAUGCUUGCGCUUACAAAUAUUGAAUUUUAUGGUCAGCUUACACCAGAUCCAUCAAUGUCUAGUAUAUAA